GUCCGCGGCGGCUUGUCGGGAGCGUGGCCUCGACUCUGCUGCCUGCGUGGGCCUGGAGGGCACUCCGCGCUGAAGCCUUGAUGGAGUAGGAAGAACAAAGAAUCCUUCUCUUCAUCCAGACAACAACUGUACUGGCAUAAACUCUGAAGUACCUAUUUUGAAACUUUGGACUCUGAAUGCUUGCAUCUUCCAGGGGGAAAGCUUAGAAGGCAUUAUAAAAAUAUUUAAUCAUUCAUGAGUUGAGCCUCAUUCUUGAGUUAUGGAUGACAAAGCUUCUGUUGGAAAAAUCAGUGUCUCCUCAGACUCAGUAUCUACUCUUAAUAGUGAAGAUUUUGUCUUGGUUUCCAGGCAAGGAGAUGAGACACCAUCUACAAAUAAUGGAAGUGAUGACGAGAAAACAGGACUCAAGAUCGUAGGGAAUGGAAGUGAGCAGCAGCUGCAAAAAGAGCUAGCUGAUGUGCUGAUGGAUCCUCCAGUGGAUGACCAGCCAGUGGACAAGGAAUUUGUGGAAAGGUCACUGGAUGGUGAAGGAGAUGGCCCUCUUUCUAAUCAACUCUCAGCUUCUUCUACCAUUAAUCCUGUACCAUUAGUAGGGCUCCAAAAACCAGAGAUGAGCCUGCCAGUGAAACCUGGACAAGGAGAUUCUGAAGUGUCAAGUCCUUUCACACCAGUGGCUGAUGAGGACAGUGUAGUUUUCAGUAAACUAACUUAUUUAGGCUGUGCCUCAGUAAAUGCUCCUAGGAGUGAAGUGGAAGCAUUGAGGAUGAUGUCCAUUUUAAGAAGCCAGUGUCAGAUUUCACUAGAUGUAACCCUCUCGGUGCCCAAUGUAUCUGAAGGAACUGUGAGACUCUUAGAUCCUCAGACAAACACUGAAAUAGCAAACUACCCUAUCUACAAAAUCCUCUUCUGUGUUAGAGGUCAUGAUGGAACCCCUGAGAGUGACUGUUUUGCAUUCACUGAAAGUCAUUACAAUGCAGAGCUCUUCAGAAUACAUGUCUUCCGGUGUGAAAUACAAGAAGCAGUAAGCCGGAUACUCUACAGUUUUGCCACUGCCUUUCGCCGUUCUGCUAAGCAGACCCCACUUUCAGCCACUUCUGCACCCCAGACUCCUGACAGUGACAUCUUUACCUUCUCUGUGUCUUUAGAAAUUAAAGAAGAUGAUGGUAAAGGUUAUUUUAGUGCAGUUCCCAAAGAUAAGGACAGACAGUGCUUUAAACUGCGCCAAGGAAUUGAUAAGAAGAUUGUCAUCUAUGUGCAACAAACAACUAAUAAAGAACUUGCCAUUGAAAGGUGCUUCGGUCUUCUCCUUAGCCCAGGAAAAGAUGUACGAAAUAGUGACAUGCACUUGUUAGAUUUGGAAUCUAUGGGCAAAAGUUCAGAUGGCAAAUCCUAUGUUAUUACUGGAAGCUGGAAUCCGAAAUCCCCACAUUUUCAAGUUGUAAAUGAAGAAACUCCUAAAGAUAAAGUGCUGUUUAUGACCACAGCUGUUGAUUUGGUAAUAACAGAAGUACAGGAGCCUGUUCGCUUUCUCCUAGAGACAAAAGUUCGUGUUUGCUCACCAAAUGAAAGAUUAUUCUGGCCUUUCAGUAAACGCAGCACUACUGAAAAUUUCUUUUUGAAACUAAAGCAGAUAAAGCAAAAGGAGAGAAAGAAUAAUAGUGACACUUUAUAUGAAGUUGUGUGCUUGGAAAGUGAAUCAGAAAGAGAGAGGCGGAAAACUACAGCCAGUCCUUCAGUUCGCCUGCCACAGUCUGGAUCUCAGAGUUCCAUGAUACCUUCUCCUCCUGAUGAUGAUGAAGAGGAAGAUAACGAUGAACCUCUCUUGAGUGGAUCUGGUGAUGUAUCCAAAGAAUGUGCAGAAAAAAUUCUUGAAACAUGGGGAGAACUGCUGUCAAAAUGGCAUCUCAACUUGAGUGUGAGACCAAAGCAGUUGUCGUCCUUAGUAAGAAAUGGUGUCCCAGAAGCUCUUAGAGGAGAAGUCUGGCAACUGCUAGCAGGCUGUCAUAACAAUGACCACCUGGUAGAAAAAUACCGAAUUCUCAUCACAAAGGAGUCUCCUCAGGACAGUGCUAUCACCCGGGAUAUUAACCGGACAUUCCCAGCCCAUGACUACUUUAAGGAUACAGGAGGAGAUGGACAAGAUUCUUUAUAUAAAAUAUGCAAGGCUUAUUCCGUGUAUGAUGAGGAGAUCGGCUAUUGCCAGGGCCAGUCAUUUCUUGCUGCUGUGCUGCUGCUCCAUAUGCCUGAAGAACAGGCAUUCAGUGUUCUGGUCAAGAUCAUGUUUGAUUAUGGUCUCAGGGAACUUUUCAAGCAAAACUUUGAAGAUUUACAUUGCAAAUUUUAUCAGUUGGAGCGCCUCAUGCAGGAGUACAUCCCUGACCUGUACAACCACUUCCUGGAUAUAAGCCUUGAAGCACACAUGUACGCCUCCCAGUGGUUUCUUACGCUUUUCACUGCAAAAUUCCCUCUCUACAUGGUCUUCCAUAUCAUCGACCUGCUUUUAUGUGAGGGAAUAAGUGUUAUUUUUAAUGUCGCCCUUGGACUAUUAAAGACUUCCAAGGAUGACUUGCUACUGACAGACUUUGAAGGUGCCUUGAAGUUCUUCAGGGUUCAGCUUCCUAAGAGAUACCGCUCAGAAGAAAAUGCAAAAAAACUUAUGGAAUUAGCCUGCAACAUGAAGAUUAGUCAGAAGAAACUGAAAAAAUAUGAAAAAGAAUAUCACACCAUGAGGGAACAGCAGGCCCAACAAGAAGACCCCAUCGAGCGAUUUGAGCGAGAGAAUAGACGCCUACAAGAAGCUAACAUGAGGUUGGAACAAGAAAACGAUGACUUAGCCCAUGAGCUGGUGACCAGCAAGAUUGCAUUGCGGAAGGACCUGGAUAAUGCUGAGGAAAAGGCAGAUGCAUUGAAUAAGGAGCUGCUGAUGACCAAGCAGAAGCUGAUUGAUGCAGAAGAGGAGAAAAGACGGCUGGAAGAAGAGUCUGCUCAGUUAAAAGAAAUGUGCCGUCGGGAACUUGACAAGGCAGAAUCUGAAAUAAAAAAGAACAGUUCAAUCAUCGGCGACUACAAACAGAUUUGUUCUCAGUUGAGUGAAAGAUUGGAGAAGCAGCAGACAGCCAACAAAGUAGAAAUUGAGAAAAUUCGGCAAAAAGUAGAUGACUGUGAGCGCUGCCGGGAGUUCUUCAGCAAAGAAGGGCGUGUCAAGGGCGUCAGCUCAACUAAGGAGGUUUUAGACGAGGACACAGACGAAGAGAAGGAGACACUCAAGAACCAGCUGAGAGAGAUGGAGCUAGAACUGGCACAGACCAAGCUCCAGUUGGUGGAAGCCGAGUGUAAGAUACAGGACUUGGAGCACCAUUUAGGCCUCGCCCUCAACGAGGUGCAAGCAGCCAAGAAGACAUGGUUUAACCGAACACUGAGCUCUAUCAAGACGGCCACCGGGGUUCAAGGAAAAGAGACUUGCUGAGCAGCUCCUGCCUCCAGACACCUUCAGAAAACACGACACCUUUUGUUGCCUUCUUUGGCCAGAUGUGUGAUCCUGUGACUUGUCCCAGGACCAGGAUGUACCUAAGUCAGGUCUGGAUGCGUGUUGGUAGGUCACUGGACCAGAGCUCACGAGGCAGCAGCCUCUGGGGUAAGGCUUCCCUAACUGACACUCACAGGCCUGCGAGCUCAGUGGUGGCUCUGAACACUCCGGAAGUCGCUCCUCGGUGGGCUGCCCAACCCAAAGGCUGAGUUUAUGGCAUCAGAGUUUGGGGAUCCUUCUGUCUGUCAAUUUUUUUCUAAACCUUCAAAUUUUUUUUAAAUAUACAUAUUAUAUAUAUUGGGGGUGGGGCAAGGGAUCAGAAACUCAAAUGAUUCUUACCUGCUUCAGUGCCAGCAGAAAGUCCCCCAGGGUAGACGUGGGAAAAGCGCUUUGUUUCAACAUGAGGGUUUCAGAGUUGAAGUUGAAGCCACCUAGUUUUGUUAAACUACACAAUGCAUAGGUUUUUGGUUUGGUAUUACUCACAUUUCUGAUCCAUUCUGUGCAACUCUCAUACUUCUUUUUGUUUGUUUGUUUGUUUGUUUUGUUUUUAGCACUAGCUGCCAGAAUAACUCAGCAAAUCUGGGUGGGCGACUUGGCUGUGAGGCUGAUAAAUCCUAACGUGGACAAAUCUUAUUUUGCUGUGUGUGUGUGUGUGUGUGUGUGUGUGUGUGUGUGUAAAAAUACCUUUCCCACUGUACCCACUUGACAGUGUUGAGAUCCCAGACCAGGACUGUUGAUCUGCACCGCUGAAUUAUGUGGUUAUUUGGGCACUUAAUUUCACUCAAGAUGUAUGGGGCCCUGAUGUCCUCCCUGACAUAUGGGAGCUCCCAGAUUCCUAGUGUUUUUGCACAACAGGUUGUACUAGUGAGACUGACCGACCUGCGUGUCUGUGUAAAUGUGAGGUAUGCACGAUGUACAUGCCACAAGGUCCCCAUUCUGCCAGCCUGGUCCCCGUCUGACUUUCUGGGCUUCUGGGCCCUCCCCAGAGUAUAGCUGGGUGCAGACCUCACUGUCCAGACAGGCUGCAAGUUCUUAUUCCAGAACUAUGGGAUGGAGGGUUUAGCACCUUUAAAACAAAACAAAACUUUGACUUUUAAUUUAUAUAGUGAUAAGCUGACAAGCUGUCUCACAGAUAAUUUUGUCCUCUGCAUUCACUGUGGAGGUGGCUGGUUACAAGAGGCACUGGUUUGUAUAUAAAGACACCUGGGUUGUUUGUAUCUCUUUGUUGCUGUACUAACGCUUGCCGAGGUCAUCUGUGAUUGGGGAUAUAUAACAAGUGGCAAACCCCCCGCCCCCAAAACACCCUCAUCGCUGCUGUGUCUUUCUUGUUCAGUUACCGAAACAGCUGUAAGCCCCAUCUAAUACUAGGUGUGUGGACAUUGUGCUAGGGUAGUUUCAGUGUGUCAACUUUGAAUUGAAAUAUAAACCAGUAAAAUUGUAUUACUGUUCCUUUUGUUGGUUUUAUUUUAACAGCAUAUUCAUUAAAUAUUUUGGUACAAACAGCA